CAACUCGGCGGCAGUCAGUCCGCCGUCGAUCACGUACCACACGUACGGGUUUUCGUUUGUCGCGCGUGCCGUCGUCCAAACGUCCCACUGCGCCGGUACUGCGGGUUGCGUCACGUACACUGUCGCGCCACUUGUGCGGCUGCGUUCACGCGCGAACUAUCGCACCACGUGAGCUGCCGGACGCGUUUCGCUCUUGCUGUACGGUGUCGUCAGCCGUAUAGUAGCCUAUAGGUAAAACUGACUCGGCACACGCGGUUUGGCACAGGUACGCAUGCGCUUCCGCGUCACACGUGUCCACGCGGUUGCGACAUCACCACGGUUAAACAACAUUAUUGACCUUCAGGCCCGUCGUUUUCCACUCCUUCUCCCACUUCGUUUUUCGCGGUCGUGUGUUUUCACUUCGUCGGCCGUCGUCAUACACGCGCGCGUUGCUACGACGCGUAGUAGUAGUAUAAGAAGUAGUAGUAGUAGUAGUAGUAGUAGUAGUAGUAGUAGUAGUAGUAGUAGUAGUAGUAGUAGUAGUAGUAAUAGCAUUAUUAGUAGUGCAGUACACUAAUACGGCCGGUCACCGCAGUGUUAUGUGCGCACGCGGUACACGUGUACACGAAUCCGUGCGCGCUUUCUGUGUUGUUGCCCCUACGCACGCUUCCGCCGUAUUUUGAAUAUUCCGUGAACCACCGACGUCGCCGUACUGGGUGUUUUGCCGCCAACCGAAUCGAGGAUCGUCCCGCUCCGUUACCGGACAAUGAGUGUUCUCCUUUGAUCCCGUUAGAGGAAAUAUUUCAAGUUUUUUUGAAAUGAGACUGGGCCGAAGAUAUUUUGAGCUCAUGGUUUCCGUUAUCAGUCCAUCAUCGGAUCUCUAUCAUCAUAGUCCUUUAGCACCUUUAGCGUCAUUUGAUUCACCUGGUUCUGGGAUUGAAUCGACCAGUACACAAUCGGAAAAGAACUGCCCAUUUAGGGAUUUCAUAUUAAAUGAUAAGUGGAGACAUAUAUUUGACAAAUAUGAUCCUGAAGGUUUUGGUGAAAUUCCUUGGAACGAUUUUUUAAUGUUAUUGAAUUCGUCGGAUUUUGUAAAUUCAAUCUCUCAAGAGAAACGCGAUGUUUUCAUUGAACGAUGUCGUCAAUCGAAUACAUCAGCUAUAACUUUUCAAGAUUUCGUCAAUAUCAUGUCCGGCAAAAGGAGGCGAAGCUUUAAAUGUGCCAUUCAUCACAGGGACAAAGAAGUAAACAGCGAAAACGAUUUUCAUAUUUUAUUGAAAGAACCGACGUUACACCAAAAAAUGGUGCGUCUUGUGGCAGAGGAGUUCUUAACGGACGAAAGAGAUCGAAAAUAUUAUGCAGACAAUUAUCGUUGCUGCCCACCACCACUUUUUAUACUUCUAAUUACUAUUUUUGAAUUGGGAACAUACCUAUAUUACUACUCUUUAACUUUGGGUUCAACUCCUGCUCCAGGAGACAUGUGGGCUUCAGUCGCUGCCCCUGUCCCAAUGGAUAGUGUUUUUAUAUAUAGACCUGAUAAAAGACAACAACUUUGGAGAUUUAUGUUGUAUAUGUUCUUGCACGUUGGUUGGGUCCAUCUGAUAUUCAAUUUGACGGUUCAAUUGCUUGUGGGUCUUCCAUUGGAAAUGGUGCAUGGCUCACUUCGAAUAGGGGUUGUAUACAUGGCGGGUGUGUUAGCAGGUUCCCUGGGUACAUCUGUCUUCGAUAGUAAUGUGUCUCUCGUCGGUGCAUCAGGUGGAGUAUACGCUCUACUGGCUGCUCAUUUAGCUAACGUUAUGUUGAAUUACAACAAUAUGGAAUUCGGUGUAUUUCGACUGCUUGGUAUACUAUUUAUUGCCAGCGUAGAUGUGGGUUUCGCCGUGUACUGCCGGUACGCCUUCGAACCGUCAUCGAAUGCUCCGCCAGUGAGUUACGUAGCGCACAUAGCUGGAGCGCUGGCCGGCCUCACUAUUGGUCUGCUGGUGUUAAAAAACUUCGAACAGAAACUCCACGAGCAGCUCAUAUGGUGGUUCGCGCUAGGCGUCUACGCCAUUUGCACGUUGUUCGCUGUCGCGUACAACCUGAGUCAUCCCGGUUGAAACGAUUCGUCGUUUGUACGCUGGAUCGGAUUUUUAUAAUUACUUAGUUUCUCUUCCAUGUGUAAAUCUUCGUGCUGUCCAAUUAUUAUUAUAUUUUUAAUUUUCGUUUCCCUUACUAUGUACAAUUAUCGUUUAAUUUAUUAUUAUGUACCGACCAUGUCUGUGAUUAUUUUUCUGCCCGAGCUUCCGUCGAUUCUUGAGCUGCUUCGAUAUAUAAAAUAUUAUACGUAGACGAUACAGUAGUUUCGGGUAUGUUUUAAAACUCACAUUUGUUUCCGAUCUGUCUAGUUGUAGAUACCUAUAGACGCUGUUCACUAACAAAUCAGCUGUAACGACAGUGAACAUCUGUAUACAAUAUAAUAUAUUAAAUUUUAAUUUUUUGGCCGUAAUCAAUCUCGAUUUAUUUUUAUACAUAAUAUGU